AUCCGCUCACCUCCUGGGGUGCUGAAGAACCCUGUGCUGCGUGUGACUCCGCUCCUGAACACCCACCCCCAAGAUGUCCUGCCAGCAGAGCCAACAGCAGUGCCAGCCUCCUCCCAAGUGCACCCCCAAGUGCCCUCCCAAGUGUCCUGCCCCUAAGUGCCCCCCAAAGUGCCCCCCUAAGUGCCCUCCAGUGUCUUCCUGCUGCAGCGUCAGCUCUGGGGGCUGCUGUGGCUCCAGCUCUGGGGGCUGCUGCAGUUCCGGGGGAGGUGGCUGCUGCCUGAGCCACCACAGGCACCGCAGGUCCCACCGCCACAGACCCCAGAGCUCUGACUGCUGCAGCCAGCCCUCAGGGGGCUCCAGCUGCUGCGGAGGGGGCAGCGGCCAGCAUUCUGGAGGCUGCUGCUGAACUGGACCUUGACUUCCUCUUUCUUCUGAGCCUGCCUAAGGGCUGAGAGGUUCCAGCAAAUGCUUGAAGUCUUGCCUGGAGGCUCCUUCUGGUCUGACAUCAGGAAGCCCCAAAUCUAUCUCCUUAAUGGCAUUCGGAGACUUCCUUCUGCAUAUCCACGGCUGCCCUGGGAACCCCAAAGCACACACCUAGUUCCUCCGCAGCUCAUGCUGCUGUAUUCUGCUGCCUGAACUGAAGAAAUAAAAUCCAGAAUCUGCUCCCCAA